UCCCUUUUCCAGUUUAUACCCUAUAAAACCCCCCACCCAUUGUGCCAUUCUGUCAUCCUAGUCUUUUCAUUUCAGUUUUCACAACCAAACUUAGCACUUGGAAAUUUUAAACUGUGCAUUAAGCCAUCGCAGGAUCAUGGGUUCUCAACAGCCUGUCCUUGUUUCCCUUGGUUUAAAGGGCACGGUCCUAGAAAACGAGGGAAAGUCCUACACAAAUGGGGCAUUGUGGAAUAUCAUAAGGGAAAGUGGUGGAGUGGUUGUGAGGAACAAGAGUUCGCCAAGAAGAAGGAUCUUGAAGAAGAAGAAGAAGACGGGGACACGCCUACAAAGUGCAGGAAGGCGCAGCAAUAAUAUUGGAAUCAAAAGAAGGGUGAAAACUUUGAAGAGACUGAUUCCAAACGGUGAUGAUUCGAUGGGGUUGGAUGGACUUUUCAGAGACACAGCUGAUUACAUUUUAUCCUUGCAAACUAGAGUCAGGCUCAUGCAGAUGAUGGUUCAAGCAUUCGCAGCAGGUUCUGAUCUGCAGUGAUUGCUCAAAAUUCAUUUGUGUAAAUUAGAGAGUAGUAUUCUUUAUUUUUUAUUUAUUUAAAAUGAUCUUCUUUCUUCUUCUUUACUUUUCUUCUGUUUUUCUUGUGAUUUAUAGUAAUAGAGGUUUGUUUGGAAAGACCAGAUACAUGCUCUAGCUGUCUGCAGUUUAUAACAGAGCUUGAUCAUUUUAUGUUUAAUUGUGUUAAAAAUAGUAACUUGAGUUGAUCAUUGCGUAAGUGGUUUAGUGAAUGUAGUUUACAUUUAUUUAUGAAUCUGAAU